UUAAGUGUCUUAUACCCAUGUUAAUAUAAAAAAAAAAAAUGAUUAUUUAUUCAAUAUUGUAAAUAAUUUAUAUGCACUUAAGCUUUAGAAAUGGCGAAUAAUGAUUUGACUAGAGUUAAGGGAACUUCUAUUGUUAAACCGAUUGUAUAUGGAAACACUGCUCAAUAUUUUGGCCAAAAACGACAUGAAGAUGGUCAUACUCACAAAUGCUAUGAAAGUCCAACUCGAGUGGUGCAGAAACCUCCAUUUGAGGUCUCUGAAACAGGCUGGGGCGAAUUUGAAUUAGUAAUCAAGAUAUUUUUUCAAGAUACAAGUGAAAGACCAGUUACACUUUAUCAUGUACUUAAGUUAUAUAGCAAUGGACCAGACUCUGAACUAAGUGAAAAACCAGUUUUGUCAGAAUUUUAUGAGGAAAUAAUUUUUCAAGAUCMUUCAACUUACAUGAAAUUCGUACUAAAUGACACAAUGAGUAAAAAUCCUCCAAUUGAUGAAAAAAAUCUACAUUAUGAAAAAAUCAAAAAGACCACAGUUGAAAAAAUGAUAAAAUCUAGAAAAAGAGUACAAGAUCACACGGUUAUGUAUAAAGAACGCCUAAAAAAAUUAAGAGAAACUAUAAACAAAUUUAAAGAUGAAAUUUGUGCAUUGCAAUCACAAUGCAGUUCAUCUACAUUGCGAUAAAUAUAAAUAAAUACCUAGAACCAUAGUGAUAAUUGACAUCCUUUAUCAAACACAUGAAUAUUAAGUACUUAUUUAUUCUAGUUAUUAUAUUUUUAUCUGUAUUUAUUUUCAAAAUUAUGUUUUUUUAAAUUUA